GCGCAGUGGUGCGAGGGUGGUUCGACGCGCGCAGUUGCAGUGUAGCACGUGGGUUUUGAAAGGUAGCAGUGUUGGGAAGGUUGUGGGCUGAUGAAUGACGGGAAGUGUGGGAAAAAGUUGAGUAAGAGGGAGGAGCAGUUAAGAAGGGAAGACGUAUGUUUGCGUAGUGGAUGGGGGAGGAAGGGGAUUGAUAAAGAGCCGAGAGAACAGAACGUGAAGAGCGCCGAUCAACUUAAAAAAGGGGAGCGAACACGCCGGUCAGUGAUGAGGGAUCGCCGUUACCGCUUUGGGGAAAAGGCAAGUCCUGAGAGGGGAAUGGGUAGGUAGGUACGUAUCGAGGGCCGUAGGCGGGGGAGUCGAGUUGGGGCGAAGCGAGACCAACUGCGGUGGACCAGAGUCAGAGGCUCU